AUGACGACAACUCCAUUAUGUGUGUUUGAAAAACUAUCUAAAGCAGCUUUUAUGAAUGAAGUUCAAAAAUUUCCAGUAUUGUAUGACAAGUUUAAUAAAGAUUUUAAAGAUAAAUGGAAAAAGAAAAAUGCAUGGGAAGAAGUUGGUCGUCUUUCAAACUUAUCUCCUAAUCAAGCGGAAGAGAAAUAUAAAAGCAUUCGAAGUAGUUAUGGAAGGUGGCUGAAAUCAAAAAAAAAUAUUCCAUCAGGUUCUGGAAGGAACUCAGUUCCACCUCAGUUUCUUCAGCUCGAUUGGCUAAAUAAUUUUAUAGAACAUCGCGAAACAACAACCAGUAUUUGUUUACCUUCUGACUCCAGAUUAGAAACAUCGAAUUUGGAAGAAAACAUUGACAUGGUAUGUGAGCAAGUUGAAAAUACUCAUCAUCCAUUUAAUAAUGAUCAUAUAUCUGAAGAGGUGACCACAGAAAACAGCUGUAUAAAUACUUGCGUGCAAGGAGAGUCAAGUGAGUCAACAAUUCACGCUAAUAACAAAAAAAAAAAGAAAAAAGUUGGAUUCUGA